AUGUUUGGACUUGAUGGUGAAGAGAAGUGGUACGCCAUCCUUUCACCUACACUGGAGGCCAACCUACAGCCAUGUUAAGGAAACCUGGCUGUAGAUAUAAAAGCCUACAAGAACCCAGAAGAGAAAAUAGUCUCUCCUCACAGCAGCAUCUACCCCAGGGAUGAUGUGGUUUUGGGGGUGGAGAACACUCUCAUCUGUCAUGUUACUGGAUUCAUCCCUCCACCUGUGAGAGUCAGAUGGACUAGGAACAAUCAGACUGUAACAGAGGGAGUACAUAUGAGCACCCCCUACCCCAACCAGGACUUCUCCCAUAAGCAGUCCCAUCUGACCUUCACUCCAGAGGACAGAGACAUCUAUAGCUGCACUGUGGUGCAUCAAGGCCUUUCUGAGCCUCAGACACGGAUUUGGAAGCCUAAGGUGACCCAGCCCAGUGUGGAUCCUGCUGUGUUCUGUGGAGUGGGUCUGACUGUGGGGCUGCUGGGAGUGGCUACCGGAACAUUCUUCCUCAUCAAAGGAAAUGAGAGACUGAGACUACAGCUUCAGAGCAUCAUGGUCAAAUCUGUAUAA